AUGCUUGCCUCCAUGGUGGUUUCGGCCGCUACCUUUGUUCCACGCACCUCCUUGCGUCGGACAGCGCUAUCCUCCGUGGUCAGCCGUUCCAUGUCUUCCGAAGGAGACUACGAUUACGACUUUUUGGUCAUUGGCGGAGGAUCGGGUGGUGUCCGCGCCUCUCGUAUCGCGGCUGGUCACGGCGCCAAGGUCGCAUUGAUUGAACCCCAAUUGCAACACGGUGCUCCCAACUACAGUGCCAUUGGUGGAACCUGUGUCAACGUCGGGUGCGUCCCCAAGAAGCUGAUGGUCUUCGCCGCUCGUUACCCUGGUGAGGUUGGCGAAGCCGCUGGAUACGGAUGGAGUGGAGCCACUCCAGGACAAUUCGAUUGGAAGCAAUUUAUGGAAUACAAGGAUACUGAAAUCACUCGUCUGAACAACGUGUACAACAAAUUUAUCUUGGGAAAUGCUGGUGUCGAAAUCAUCGAGGGUUUUGGUGCCUUGAACGGAAAGAAUGCCGUCGAUGUUCACAUGACUGACAGUGGUGAAACCAAGACCUUGACUGCCAAAAAUAUCUUGGUUGCUGUUGGUGGUUGGCCAUUCAAGCCUGAUAUUCCAGGAAUCGAACACACCAUCACAUCGAACGAAAUCUUUUACUUGAAGGAACAACCCAAGCGCAUGGUCAUUGUUGGAGGGGGAUUCAUCGCAUUGGAAUUCGCUACCAUCAUGGACGGUUUGGGCACUGAUGUCACCCUCAUGUACCGUGGCGACCUGUUCCUUCGUGGAUUCGAUAACGACAUGCGGGCACACUUGAAGGAAGAGAUGGAAACCAACUCCAAGAUCAACUUGCAAUUCAAUACCAAUCCUACAGAAAUUGUCAAAAACGACGAUGGAAGCUUCACCGUCGUCACCGAGGACGGAAACAAGGUGGAAUGCGACUCUGUCAUGUACGCCACUGGCCGCAAGGGUAAGAUUGAAAAGCUAAACUUGGAGUCCGCAGGUGUCCACACCGAAAAGUCCUUCAUUCCCGUCGAUGACUACUCCCGUACCAACGUUCCAGGCAUUUUCGCCGUUGGUGAUAUCACCAAUCGCAUUGCCUUGACACCCGUCGCCCUUAUGGAAGGUCACCGUUUGGCCGAUACUGUCUUUGGAGGUAUGGAUCGUCCUGUCGACCACGAGUUUGUCGCUCAAACAGUCUUCACCACUCCUGAAAUCGGAACGGUUGGAUACUCGGAAGAAGAAGCCGUCGAAAAGUUCAAGAAUAUCUCUGUCUUCAAGUCUCGCUUCCGUGCCAUGAAGCACUCCUUCCCCGGCUCUGAGACCUACAGCUUGUUCAAGCUCAUUGUCGAUGACAAUACCGGCAAAGUUGUCGGAUGUCAUGCCGCCACGGAUGGAGCCGGGGAAAUGGUCCAAGGUAUUGCCAUUGCCAUCAAGAUGGGAGCCACCAAGGCUGACUUUGAUAACACCAUUGGAAUCCACCCCACUUCUGCUGAAGAGAUGGUCACCAUGAGAACACCAUCUUAUUCCUACAAGGACGGUGUCAAGGUAGAGUAA